AUGGAUUGGGGCACACUCUACCACGACACGGGCGACAGCCUCGUCCAGUCGCAGCGCUCCAGCCUCGCACUCUUACCGAUGGCUUCGACGACGACGCGCAGCUGGGCCUCGAUGGACGAGAACGCCCACGACGUGGCCGAGACCCGCUCGUCGCGCGCCGCGCACCAGCUCAUCUCGUUCUCGCUUUCGCGGUCCAUGAGCUUCCAAGUGCUCGAGUACGACGUCGCGAGCGCGUACUCGCCGCUCGUCGCGUACUCGUUCACGGUCAACUACAUCCUCGGCGUCGGCAGCCUUGGCGUACCCUACGCCUUGUACCACGCAGGUCUCCUCUUCGGCUCGAUCAUGCUCGUCGUCGUCUCGUGGCUUUCGUACAUCACCGUUAUGUGGGUGAGCGAGACCACGGUCCGAGCGCGCGAGCUCGACGCGAUGAACACGCACACCAAGCUGCUCGCCGACCCGAUGCACUUUCCCGAAGUCACGACGCUCUGCGAGCGCUUUCUGGGCCAUUUUGGCGCGCGCGUCUACCAGAUCUCGCUCCUCGGUUUGAUGUACGGCGGCCUCAUUGGCUACGCACAAGUAUUUGUCAACAGCAUUGCGUCGCAGCUCGCGUCCUUGGCCAUCAGCAACGUGGCGGUCGCGAUUUUUUUUGGCCUCAUUGUCGUCCCGCUCUCGUGCGUCGAUCUCAACGAGCAGAUUCACAUCCAAGUGGGCAUGGCCGUGCUGCGCUUUGUUGCCCUGCUGACCAUGAUUGUCAGCGCUGCCGUGGCCAUGUGGACGGACGCCGCCGACAGCGGCAGCGCCACAACGACGACGACGCCGUAUCUCAGCGACGUGCCGCUUGUGAACUUUGGCGGGUUUGGGCUCCUGUUUAGCACGACCGUCUUUUCCCAGUUGUUUCAACACUCGGUGCCCGGACUCCUUGCGCCCCUCUCGCGCGCCAACCAGCCAAAAGCCGCGCAGAUCUUUGGCGGCGCGCUCUUGACGACGACGCUCUUCUACCUCGGUCUUGGGCUCACGUGCUGCUACUACUUUGGCGACCGCAUUAGCUCAAGCGUCAACCUCAAUUGGGCCAACUUUACGUGGGGUCUGGACCCAGUGCCGGUCUGGGCGCGCUGCCUCACGGCACUCGUCGUUUUGUUUCCGGCUCUUGAUACGCUCAGCGUGUUUCCGUUGAUUGCGAUCACACUCGGUGACAACCUCGCGGUCUCGCUGCGGCAGUGCUGCACGUUUUUAAGCCGGAGCCAAGUGCGCAUCUUUUGCCGCCUCGUCGCGGCGCUCCCGCCCCUCGUCAUUGCCGUGCUCGUCUCAGAUCUGAGCGUGACGCUGCAGAUCUCGGGCGUCUUUGGCGUCUACGUGGCCUUCCUUGCACCAGCGCUGUUGCAAUUCGUGGCACGCCGCGAGGACCCACGCGACAACAUGUACUCGGGUCGUUUUAGCGGCGACCCCUAUAUCUAUUUGGUGCUGCUCUUUGGCGUCGUGGCCUUUGGUAUCCUUAGCUUCCAGAUCGGCACGCAAGGGGUCUAACCACCUGCUGUAUUGUCUGCCUCAUCCUCUCGGCCCUACGACAACGACUUGAGUGCUCGAACGUCGUACGGUCGCACAUUUUCUCGAAGCCCAGUGUUUAUCUAAACGAGUCAAGCAGCGAUGCAUUUUUAACAUUCGACUAUACCAUGAGUAUCAAUAACCACGAGCACAACACAAUCGG